AUGGCGUCUCAACCCCCAGGCGGCGAGUUCUGCCUCGAAUGCAACUGGGAGGCCUUUCAUAUAGACGGCAAAGACACCCCGGCCCCCUCUGAGAACCAUCAGGAUCAUUGGACUUGCUCGGGCCACACUCUGCCAGAACCCUUACCCCCCUGUGAAGUUGACGAGGCUUGCUGUGAUGUCGACGACUGCGCACUAGACUGUGGGUCAGCAUGCGGUGGCUUCUUGGACUGUGACGAUUCUACUGUCUGCUCUGCGACCCAUUGCGAGGACGAUACGUGUGAAGAUACUCACUGUGACGAGGAUCAUUGUGACCCCAACUGUGAAGAGCCCGACUGCGAAAAACCUGACUGCCCGGAGGAUCACUGCGACAGUAUUGACCCUCUUUGCUUCGACGCUCAUUGCUGCGACGGUACUGAGAAUCAGGAUUGUGGCUUCGACACAUUCUUUGGACUGAAUACUCCUUUAUCGCUAGACAAUAGUGUCUUCUCCUCGACGGCCAUGGCACCUCACAUCCACGGCCAUCCGAUGAAGGGCAUGGACCACACCCUCCCGGGCACCUUCGACCCCAGUCAGCAGCAAAAUUUCCUCUCUUCAUACCAAGCGCAUGCUACACACUGUGAGCAGGAUGUACCGAAUCACUUCGAAUGCCAUGACUUCCAAAAGGAUUGGCAGGCGAUGUUCCCUGCUCCCCCUGCCCCGACGCCGAGCGAAGUGAACCCGGCGGAGGUUUUCCACAUGCUCGGAAUGUGCUCUGACUUCUCUAUAUGUCAAGAUCAACAUGUGCCAGGACAACAGAAUAACUUUGAUGGCUUCGAGAAACCCAAACUCAACACGCCUGCUUUGAACUGUUACGACCAUGGCCACCAUCAUCAUGUCCAUAAUCACUUCAAGAACCCCAACGAUCUCAACCUGCAAGCCACCCGAAAGGGUCCUCAUCGCAGUCACAAUCGUUGUCGCGCUCACCAUCAUGCUCACUCUCACCCAUACUCUCCUUAUUCGCGACACGCCCGCUCAAGUAUCAGCUCCCAUCUCCACUCGAGUCCCGGAGAGACCCCUCCGCCUCUCGAUGGCGGUGCUUCGUCUAUCCUCACUACCCCUGAUUUUUCCGAAGACAACGAGCUCCAUAUCUGCAAGUGGGCACCCACUAUCAACGGCAUCAAAGCAGUCUGUGGUGCUGCUUUCGCCGACUCAUGCGGUCUGCAAGAGCACCUCAUCGCUGCGCACAUGAGCACGGUUGAUGGAGCAAAGGGAAACGGCUAUUAUUGCUGCUGGGAAGGGUGCCAUCGUCCAAACGAGCCCUUCUCACAGAAGUCCAAGCUCCAAGGCCACUUCCUCACGCACAGUAAUUACAAAAACUUUUCCUGCACGGUAUGCGGCAAGACAUUCGCGAGACAAGCGACUUUAGAUCGACACGAGCGCAGUCACCGAGGCGAUAAGCCUUAUACAUGUAAACACUGCGGCAAGUCAUUUACGGAUAGCAGCGAGUUGAAAACACACUCGCGCACCCAUACUGGCGAGAAGCCGUUCAAGUGCACUUGGCCAGGAUGCAACUUCACGACAGGCGAUUCUUCGAACAUGUCCAGCCACAGACUGACUCACGGAGAGCGAAGACACAAGUGCCUCUUCCCAGGUUGCACCAAAAGCUUCACGCGCCCUGAUCAACUCAAACGUCACCAAAGAACAACGCACAAGCACGAAUCCUUCUCAACCCUCCCAUCACCCAGUUCCGACCACUUCACAAUGCCCUCCUUCGCUAUCGUCUAA